UUCCUGUGAGGACCGACUUCGAUGAGGAACUCUGUUAAAACGAGCAGCCUCACAGAUCCCUCUGAGAGAAAGUUCCAGGUCAGACGAGCAGGCAAGAUGAGAGCUCGAGGAGCCAACGGAACGACUGGGCAAACGCAAAAUGUCAGUCAACGGCUGGACUACAACCAAAGCCAGAUCCAACAGUUUUUCAUUGCUGGGGGAGAGCUGGGGCUCAAACAAUACUACACAGAGCUCUCUGUUUGCAUCUUGGUGGUCUACAUUCUAGUAGUUAUUGGUAACUCUAUGGUUUGCACUGUGGUGGUGCUGGAGACCAAACUGCACACACCCAUGUACAUUUUCCUCGGCAAUCUCUCCUUCGCAGACAUCAUCAUCACAACCAGUGUUUUCCCCAAGAUGAUAUCUGUGGGCUUACUGAAUGACCUUGCCAUUUCUUUCACAGGGUGCUUCUUGCAGCUGAACACCUAUUUGACAUUUCAGUCUAUUGAGAGUGUUAUCCUGGCUGUCAUGGCCUAUGACCGCUACGUGGCCGUUUGUAAUCCUCUACGCUACAAUGAAAUUGUCACGCCUAGGGUGUGUGCUCUGCUCUCAGUCUUCGCUUGGACUUGUGGAACUUUAGUGCCUCUUCCAACUGUAAUUCCUUCAUCAAGGUUACCUUAUUGCGGGGACCAAGUCAUGUUCUGGUUUUGUGAUUUCCCUCCUGUCGUUUCACUGUCCUGCUUGGACUCAGCAUUGUUGCUGCUUGCAGCUCUCGUGAACGCCUCGGUAGUCAUUGUUUUCCCUGUAUUUGUCAUCAUUUGGACAUACUGGAAAAUAAUUUUAGCGGUUUGUAAAAUUAAAUCUGCCGAUGGCCGUAUGAAGGCCUUCUCCACCUGCUCCUCACAUCUCAGUGUUGUAAUCCUGUUCUAUUGUUCACAUCUGUGUGUCUAUCUCAGUGCCAUGGUAAGAAAUGUUCAUCCGAAUGUUCUCAUCUUGGUCUCCAUCGUCAACUGUUUCCUGACUCCAUUUGCGAACCCCAUCAUUUACAGCUUGAGAAACAAAGAGUUAAAGGCUGCUAUUGUAAAACACUUCCACAUAAAUAAGAUAUUAAUGUGAUAUAAGUGUUAAUCUUGUUUACAUCCUCUGUAAAUUCCCCAAUAAACGUUUCCUUUAUCCUUGUGUGUCUAGAUGUAUGCUGUGAAAAUCAUAGGCCAUUAUGAGACUGUAUUUCAUUUGAGGCAGAGAAUGGGGUGGUGCUUUUAUAUUUAUUAUUAUUAUUAUUAUUAUUAUUAUUUACUUAUAAAAGACCGGGUCGUUAAUUUUUAUCAUGCAGUUUUUGUAUUUACUUCCCCAUAAACUAUUUAUCUAUUCGGUCGCACUGCAUCUCCCAACACUGGAACCACAUCACUUGUUCUCUGGCUUAACACUGGAGUUUGGCUAUUCAAAGUACUGAGACUGAUGGGUAGCAAUGGGACUUCAAAAACUGUUGAAGAAAAAUGCUUUAAUAAGAUUAAACCUGUCGCAACAAGAAGUUGUAGAUGCUUUGCAUGAUUAAGUUUUGAUGUGCCAGAGAACGAGCUUUGCUUACUCCCAAACUUUGAAGUCUUACAUAAAAGUAAUUAACAAAUUAAUAUAUUUUCUUUGUGAACUGUUUUAAUUCUAAUAGUUUUUGUGCUUCGAUUAUAUAGUAAUUCAAUAUCUGUUCUAAUAUUUUAUUUCAAUAUUUUUAGCAGAUUGAGAAUAUUUUGAGAUGAUGAAUAUAGAAUACAACAGUAUACAAUAUAUAGAAUUUUACACCUCUAAAGACCCACAAUGUCAUGUGGUUACCUUUUGUCUCAAAAUGGCCUUUUUGAAAACUCGCCUAGAUAUAACUCAGAAAAAAACAAUGCACAAUGCUCAUUUUUGGUGGUAUUGUCAUCAAAAAAAAACAGGAUUUGUCCAGCAUUUUGGCUGUCGCUGCAUUGUGUCUCUAAGCCCACCAGGGACAGCCACAAGCGCCCCCCCCCGGGCAAAGCAAUGAAGAGACUUAUAAACUAAAAGAAGAUUGUUAAACUCAUAAUAAGAUGAUAAAACGCUAAUUUCUUUAUAUGUGUGAAACCAUUUACAGAUUUGUGACUUUUGGACAAAAACACCUCCAUACGAUCCAUGCCAGUGGAUAGCACAGAUUCAGAUUCUCUGGUUCUGAUCAAGAAAGUACAAAAGGAACAACGAGUACAGCACCAAACAGAGAGGAGCAUGAAUCUGUGUCAAGAGACUACUCUGAGUAGCUGAUGGAUUUUUGGACCAAUUAACAUCCUAUGUGGAGCUGCAGGACAAGUUCUCCUGGGACCAGUUGUUUGCACAACAAUACAAACCCUGAGGAGAAUUCCCAAUGCAGGUUACUUCAGAAAGUCGGAAAAGCUACAGAGCUCAAUUUAAGCGUUUCUCUCUCUGUAUGAAUACAUUUGAAUGACAGAUAAGUAAAAUUAGCAAAUGUACAAUUCAGCUUCAGACUACUACUGAAACAAUCUGAAAUUGUUAAUUAUAA